AUGGUCAAAUUUCCGUUAAAAAUAUUUCCUGCUAUAAUCUUUUCACCACUCUCGACAUUCAGUAAAGUAAAGUUAGAUAUAGGAUGAUGAUCUACUGUAUUUUUAUCUAAAAAUGCAACCAAGUCUAAAGGACUAGACCCUAAAGGGCAUUCAAGAACCAAAUUUAAAAACUUUAUAAGAGCUAAGCCUUCAUAUGUAUAA